AUCACUUCAACCUGAAGAAAAGAAGCCUAAUUUGGAUGCUAAAAGAGCUUCCACUCAAGAAAAAACGAGCCCCAGCAGAGAGUCAUCAGACACGUCUUCUUCCUAUUCAGAAGCUACCAUUCACAAGUCUUUUGGUCUUUCUCGUUUUGUAUGCACUAUUAGACCAUAUUGCCUUAAAUAUGGCUAUUUGUGUGUUCCUCAACAUUUUGCAAGUGCAAAUGGUCUCAUCAACAAGAAGUAUGAUUUGUGUAUAAGAGAUGAAAGGCAAAGGUCGUGGAAUUUAAAGUUAAGUUCUUGUAGAGCUCAAGUCUUUAUUGGGGAUGGAUGGCGUAACUUCAUUGCUGACAAUUGCUUAAAGGAGGGUGAUCGUGUUAUGUUUAAGGUUGUUACUGAUGGAGAGGCGCCUGUAUGGAAAUUUCAUGUAGUUACUGAUGCAGAAACUCCAAUAAGGAAAUUUCAGGCAAAUGCUACAGAAAAGCCAAAGCCUCACGUCAUGUCAUCACACAAGGAUUUCCCCGAUGUAGAAGCAGCUAAGGACAUGCCUCUGGGUCGCCCUCAUUUUAUUUCUACCAUCAAGCCCAGUUGCUUUUCAAAGUAUUUGUUUCAUGUUCCAAAACUAUUUGCACGGGAAAAUGGCCUCAGAGACAGGAAAUGUAGGAUAACGAUAAGAGAUGAGCAAAGGUCAUGGGCGUUUAAGCUAUAUGACAGUGCAGGCAGCACUUUCAUUGGAGGUGGAUGGAAUAAAUUUUGCGCUGCUAAUUUCUUAAAGGAAGGAGAUCCCAUAAUGUUUGAGUUGUUUCCCAAGGGAGAGAAACCUGUACUGAAAUUUCACGAUUUGAGAGCAAAUGCAUCACUUCAGCCGAAAGCAAAGAAGCCUAAUUUGGAUGCCAAAAGAGUUUCCACUCAAAGCCUCAGCAUUGAGACCUCAGAUAUGACUGCUCCAAAAGCACAAGUAUCCACUUCAACAUCUGCUAAUGCUAACCCUCAUUUUAUUUCUACUAUUAAGCGUUACGCCAUCCGCAGACCCUUUUUGUAUCUUCCAAUCGCUUUUGCAAAAUCAAAUGGCUUGUUGAAUCGACGUUGUGAGAUGAUUCUCAAAGAUGAGAAACAGAGAUCAUGGUCGGUGCAGCUACAACCAAGGGGACUUAAAUUUAUAAUUAGCAGGGGAUGGACAGAAUUCAGGAAAGCAAAUGAUGUCCAAUUAGGAGAUACUUAUAAGUUUGAACUCAUCAACAACGGAACAAUACCUGUAGCGUAUUUCCAUUGUAAAUAUCCUGGGAAGGAUACAGAGCCUGAGAGAAGCCCUUGA